CAAAACAGCCCAAACAUUCCGACGCACAAACUUCUCUACUAUUUAUACCCCUACAAUGCGUUCUUAACUAAAGCCCACGCUAAGAAUGUGGAAACAGUAUUAGAUAACCUUCGCAUAGACUCGAAACCAAAGUGGAGUAUUAGCUUACAAGGCGUAGAAUUUAAGGAAAAACAAGCUUUAUUGUCUAUGGAAGUGAAUGGGAGUAGGAGCGAAUUUGCCGUGCCGUGUGGGGAGCGCAGAACGAAAAGAGAAGAGAAGGGAAUAGUGAAGACGGAGUAUCAGAGUCGUUUGCUUAAUGAAUUGCUUCUGAGUCAUAGUGUUGGUGACUUUUGUAUAGUAGGGCCAAAAGGCUGUGGAAAGAGUCUUCUAGUCACGCAAUUAUCUUCCUUAUUGGGUUACACAAUGGAGCCAAUAGUUCUGUAUCAAGAUAUGACAGCGAGAGAUCUGAUACAACAACGUACCACUUUGGACAAUGGUGACACUGUCUGGAGGAACUCCGCACUGGUCGAAGCAGCUCUAAAUGGACGUUUGGCGGUAUUGGACGGCUUGCAUAGAAUACACGCUAGUACUUUGGCUGUUUUGCAUAGACUAGUCCACGACAGAGAACUGCAGCUGCAUGACGGUACUCGUCUUAUUCGUCAUGACAGAUAUGACGAUCUUCUGAAGUCUGGACUGUCACCUCAACAACUCGAAGACAGUGGUGUCAAAAGGAUACAUCCUGCUUUUAGGAUAAUAGCACUAGCAGAACCCCCCGUUCUUGGACGCGGUCCACACUGGUUGUCACCGGAAAUCCUCAGCCUCUUCAUAUUCCAUGAGAUGAGGAAUCUCAGCAAGAAAGAGGAGAUAUUUAUUAUUAAGUCUUUAUACGGUGAAAUAUCAGACCCACUACAUUCCAUAAUAGACCUCGCCGACCAACUGCGUCAUUCAGACGACAGUACACUCAAGAAUCUCUCAUCCUCACUCUCAACACGGCAACUCCUCAGGAUCGCGAGUAGGAUGUCCCAAUAUCCAACAGAUUCGGCAUACGAAACCAUUCAACGUACAUUCCUAGCAAAAUUCCUUCCUAACCUCGCGAGACGGGCACUAGAUGGCGCUUGUCAGAAAAUAGGAAUUGAACCACCGGUCCGUUUUGGCCGCUUCGAGCCGGAAAUAAAAGUCAGCUGUGCGAUUCAAAAUGGCGUCCUUACCAUCGGCAACACGAAGACCGAGAUUUACAAAACUCAAGCGUUGACUAAAGUACCGGAUAUACUGUUUUAUGAUGUGCCGCAACAUAUGCGACUGUUGGAGUGGUUGCUGCAAGAUCUCCUACUAGGAAACCAUCUUCUUCUGGUGGGAAAUCAGGGCGUUGGAAAAAAUAAGAUAGCAGAUAGGUUGCUGCAACUGCUCAAUCGGCCGAGAGAAUAUAUACAGUUGCAUAGAGAUACCACAGUUCAGUCGCUAACAGUACAACCAAAUGUAAGAGAUGGAGUGGUGAUAUACGAAGAUUCUCCUCUCGUUAAAGCUGUUAAGAACGGCCACGUGUUGGUAGUGGAUGAAGCGGAUAAAGCACCUACUCACGUCACGUGUAUCUUGAAGACGUUGGUGGAAAAUGGUGAGAUGAUUCUUAGUGAUGGUAGGAGAAUAGUUCCCAAGGAUAUGAUGGAGAGUUCUGCUGGUGAUGUGGCGACGUUUAUACCUGUACAUGAAGAUUUUAAGAUGAUCGUCUUGGCCAAUAGACCCGGCUUUCCGUUUUUGGGAAAUGAUUUCUUCGCUUCUCUCGGCGAUCUUUUCUCGUGUCAUGCUGUAGACAACCCUUCAAUUGAGUCCGAACUGACAUUGCUGAGGUCCUAUGGCCCGGAUGUCCCGGAAGGCGUGAUGAAAAAAUUGGUACAGGCGUUCGCGUCACUGAGAAAUAUGGCUGAUCAGGGACAGCUUACUUAUCCGUACUCCACCAGGGAGUUGGUCAACAUUGUUAAGCAUUUACAGAAAUAUCCUGACGAAGACCUGGCAACUGCAAUAGGGAACGUGUUCGACUUUGAUCGCUACAGCAAGGAUAUGGCGGACACACUUCUAGAAGUACUACAUGCUAGCGGAUUACCAAUUGAAGGUGUUCUGGAUGGAAGGUCCAAGGAGGCUCUUAAGAAGAUACAACUUACCGUUGAGAGGUUCAGCGGGCAAGAUACGUCAUCACCAAAGCACGGUAAAGAAGAUCCGAAGAACGAGCCGCAUGUUGGCGGAAACAUGUGGGCGGGUGGGACCGGUGGGCGAGACACGGCAGGUCUAGGCGGCAAGGGCGGACCGUAUCGUCUGGAUAAAGGACACGAUGUGCAUCAGUUAAGUGAAGUUGAAAAACAAGAUGUUCCGGAGCACGUAAAGAAAGCUGCGCGUGAAAUGAACAGAAAAGUGUUCGCUGAACGUUUGAAGGAGAUCAAGAUGAGCGAAUAUGACGCCAAUCUCUAUGGAAACUUCUUAAAGGCUGUGCAACCGCAGAUAAGUGCAUUGAGAGGGGUGUUAGCUGAACUGCAAGCAAAGAAAAAGGAGAGGCAAUGGAGUAGGCACCAGACCAGUGGAGAGUUGGAUGAUGGAAAGAUUAUUGAAGGUAUAACGGGUGAGAGAUCAAUAUAUCGCCGUCGCGCAGAGCAGGAGCCACCACCAGGUUCGCCUCCAGAGAAACCAAAGCGGCUAAGAUUGGUUUUGGAUCUUUCUGGAAGCAUGUAUAGGUUCAAUUCUUACGACGGCCGUUUAGAACGUUCCAUGGAAGCCGUAGUGCUAUUGACGGAAGCGUUGAAGGGUUACGAGACGCGUAUACGCUACGAUAUGUUUGGGCACUCUGGCGAGGAGCACGCGCUGGAGCUGAUCAGGGUCGACAGACCGCCGGAGAACGAGAAGGAGCGAUUAGUGAUAAUAAGGACGAUGCAUGCGCACGCGCAGUUCUGUUGGUCUGGUGAUAACACUCUGCCCGCUGCGAAACACGCUAUCUCUACGCUGGGGAACGAAGAUACAGAUGAAUCUAUUGUCCUCAUACUGUCUGACGCUAACCUAAGAAGAUACGGUAUACCACCAGAGGAACUGGGUGGUAUAAUGACGUCAGAUCCGAGGGUGCAAGCUCAUGUGAUAUUCAUCGGUAGUCUUGGAGAUGAAGCUGACAUGCUACGACGAAAACUGCCCGCUGGUCACGCGCAUAUAUGCAUGGACGUGGCGUCACUACCUCAAAUCAUGCAACAGAUUUUCGCCUCUUCACUUCUUCAGGACUCUUAA